CAUUAUUAUCUAGUGCGAGUGACGAUGGAAUGUGUCUAUACGCUUUUCAGUGUUGUACAGUAAAGUAUUCGGCAUGGCUUGCAGAUAUGCUGAUGAAAUACCAUGUGCCUUUAUAGUACAAUCAUACUACAGCGUUGCCAAGCGAUCGCAAAAUGGGGCUCUGAACUGUUCACCCGGCCGUGCAGUUUAUAAUCACUCAGCGUGAAUUAACGCUUGGCCAAAGAAGACAGCAUGCAUGUGCAUUUUACGAUAAAUUUUGCUUUAAAGUGUAACCGUAGUAAGAAGCCCCAGUGGUUGUAGAAAAAAUGGCUGCCGUUACGAUAAAAAACCUAGCUGUUUUUCUUUUGUCGGCAUUCGUGUUUGCAAAAUAUGUUGUUCCGCGCAUUGGACAAGAGCUCCUAUCCAGAUGUUUCGGCUACAUCGUUUCAAUCAUUCUGGCCUAUGUCAUUGCCGUCAAUGUGAAAGAAGGCAAGUUACAGGUCGCCGGCAAGGCUGUGGUUGUCACCGGCUGCGACACGGGGAUUGGCAACGCGCUGGCCCGCUACCUGGACAAGCAAGGCUUCCGGGUGUUCGCUGGCUGUCUAUUUGAGACCGGUGAAGGGGCGCGAAAACUCAAAGAGGAGUGCUCCAGGAAGCUGCAAGUGGUCCAGAUGGAUGUGACUAGUGACGAGCAGGUGGUCGGGGUGGCUCGGUUUGUACAGAGUGCUGUCUCGGUGUCAGGGGAUGUGCUGUGGGGAGUCGUGAACAAUGCUGGCAUUUUAAUUCUCGGGGAGAUAGAGUGGCUGUCAUUGGAUAGUUACCGACAAGUCAUGGAGGUCAACUUAAUGGGGAUGAUCCGAGUGACCAAGGCAUUCCUUCCCAUGAUUCGGAAAUGCAAAGGCCGAAUUGUGAACAUGAGCAGCGCGCAGGGGCUGUUUGCCGCUCCCUCGGGCUCCCCGUAUGCGAUCUCCAAGUUCGGAGUGGAGGCGUUCUCGGACUGUCUCCGCCUCGAGAUGGACAAGUGGGGAGUGAAGGCGGUCAUCAUCGAACCAGGCAACUAUUCAGCAUUUUCUAAAGCUUUCGAUGGGGACAGCAUCGAUAGGAUGCUGGACACGGUUUGGACUAACACACCAGACCACGUCAAGCAAGUCUACGGUGAGGAUUACUUUAACACCGUGCUGACGGUGCUGAAGAGUACCACCACUACCAGCGCCCCAGACUUGAAGCCGGUCUUAAGUGCUGUUGAGGACGCCCUCAUCGACGUGAAUCCGCCAGACAGGCUUUCCCCGAGCAACACUCUGUCGAAGCUUCUGACCUGGUUUUUCCGCUACUUGCCCGUCACCGUGACAGACAAUCUCUACAAAUUGGCCUAUGCCAUGUUGGUUGAUAAAGCGACUGGAGUUUAAACGGUCGAGCCAUCCUAGUGAACAUAUCGAGGUUCAUGAACACGUGUAGUGUCUACUGUUUCAUCUAAUAUCUCAGUACACAGAUCGUCUGGGAAAACCUUUGGUAUUCGUAAGUCGAGCGCGUAUCUAUCUGGCAUUUGUUAGCACUUUGACAGCGUUGAAAUGGACUGUACAUGCAGAGGCAACGUGAGAUUGGCCAUAACUGAAACUCUACGUUCAGACGAGGAGGAGAUUUAACUAAUCAUAAAUAUUAUUGUGCUAAAAACUGUGCAAAGUCCUGCAUUCUUUAUAUUAAUUUAGUGAUGAUAAUGAUGAAUAUCACGGAGCAUCUAGCCAAUUACUUUUAAAAAGUGUUUUAUUUGUAGGUGUAGUUUUGUGUUUCGAAAUGCAAUGAUAUUUAUUUCUAGAUAGGUCUACUAGAGUAUUUUUUUCUGCUUCAGCUGGCUUUGAGACGGUAUUUUUUCUGAACUUGAUUAUACUUUGAAAAAGCAAAAAGCUCAAUUAAAAUCAUUUUCAGAAUACCAACACAUGCAGUCUCUGAUAUGUGUUGCUCAUAAAUGCUCACGUCGAGCUACUAUUAUUGUGACUUUUGAGUCACUUGUUAAUUAACAAUUAUGAAAUACUUUGGAUGUUUUGGCUAGCUAAGCAGAGUGUGUUUGUGUGACUUGGUGAUGACGACAGCCUUCAAAUCCCUAUUUCCUGACAACUCAAUCCCUUGAGCCUUUGUAUGUACUCACAGAAGCAAUAAUAAACUCUAACGCCCCCGUA